GGAGGCACGAAGCUGCUUCCAGACAACUGAGACCAAACAGAGGAGGUGCGAAACAACGCCGACAUCAGGAGCCGCGCAGUGCCUGGCCACCAUAAUGUAGAACUAAACCAGCUAGAGCAGUCUUGUGCCACAUCUACCCAUUUACAUAACCAGAUGUAUCGGGUGGAGUGGCGGAUUUAAAGGGCCUGUUUCUUUCCAGCGUGCUUAAAAUGAAGGAGCUGAAGGGCUGCGGUAUGCGCUGCUCGGUGGGCUUUCUGUCCCGCAGAGAGCUCACCGGACAGCCGCUCUUAAAGGAGGAGUUCCAGAGGCGAAGGCUGGCAGGCUGCACCAGCCUCUACAAGAAGAAUCUGGAGGGCCAUUUUGGCUGCGUCAACGCCAUAGAGUUCUCCAACAACGGCGGGGAAUGGCUGGUGUCCGGAGGAGAUGACCGGCGUGUUCUUCUAUGGGAUAUGGAGAAAUCCCUCCACUCCCAUUCCAAGCCUGUGAAACUGAAGGGCGAGCACCUGUCCAACAUCUUCUGCCUUGCCUUUGACAGCACCAACACCAAAGUCUUCUCUGGUGGAAAUGAUGAACAGGUGAUUCUUCACGACGUGGAGAGACGGGAAACUCUGAACGUGUUCCUGCAUAUAGAUGCUGUGUACAGCUUAUCUGUCAGUCCGGUCAACGACAACAUAUUUGCAAGCUCGUCUGAUGAUGGCCGCGUUCUGAUCUGGGACACUCGUGAGCCGCCGCAUGGAGAGCCGUUCUGCCUGGCUAGUUACCCUUCAGCCUUCCACAGCGUAAUGUUCAACCCCGUGGAGCCUCGGCUGCUCGCCACAGCAAACUCAAAGGAAGGGGUGGGACUGUGGGACAUUCGAAAGCCUCGCAGCUCUCUGCUCCGGUACGGCGGCAGCAUGUCCCUGCAGAGCGCCAUGAGUGUUCGCUUCAACAGCACAGGCACGCAGCUUCUGGCUCUCCGGCGCCGCCUGCCGCCCGUCCUUUACGAGCUGCACUCCCGCCUGCCCAGCUUCCAGUUCGACAACCAGGGCUACUUUAACUCCUGCACCAUGAAAAGCUGCUGCUUCGCUGGGGACAAAGAUCAGUACAUCUUGUCUGGAUCAGAUGACUUCAAUCUGUACAUGUGGAAAAUCCCAAAUGACCCAGAAGCAGGAGGCCCUGGUCGUGUGGUAAACGGGGCUUUCAUGGUUCUGAAGGGUCACCGCUCCAUCGUGAACCAGGUUCGCUUUAACCAUCACUCCUACAUGAUCUGCUCCUCUGGUGUGGAGAAAGUCAUCAAGGUGUGGAGUCCGUACCUGCAGCCCGGCAGCGAGGGCGAUCUAGAAGGUCGGGUGGAGGACAAGUCCCGCAGCCUCUACAGCCAUGAGGAGUACAUCAGCCUGGUUCUUAACAGCGGCAGCGGUCUGUCCCACGACUAUGUCAGCCAGUCUAUAGAGGAGGAUCCACGCAUGAUGGCCUUCUUUGACUCGUUGGUGCGACGGGAGAUUGAGGGCUGGAGCUCAGACUCUGACAGCGAUCUGAGCGAAGAGGCCAUCAUGCAGCUCCACGCCCGCGGCCGUCGCUCCACGCGGGCCACAUCCGCAGCUCCUGCUGCAGCUCCCGCCGCUGAUCCCCACGGUGACUCUGAUAACUCCUCCUCCUCCUCAUUGGCUGGACCGGACGCUUCUGGAGGGGAGGAGCAGGCUGCAGAAGACGGAGAGGACUGCCCUCUGAGACAGAGGAGACGUCAGCAGCAUCAGUCCAGCUUCCUGGUCAACGAGGACUCGGAUUCCAGUGAGUUUUGGCUGGACCCGAUGCCCCGCCCCCGCUCCCCGAGCCCCAGGGAGAACUCCACUCUAUCCAGCCCCAGCUCCUCUCCUUCACUCCCUGCAGGAGCCUCCAGCUCCUCCUCCUCCUCCUCCAGCUCCAGCAGCGAUGACGAGGAGCGCCGCAGCGCCGUCCGCCGGCAGAACGUCAUGAGGCGGCGUCGCAUGAACGUGGUCUCCAGAGCCGGCAACAGACCCGAGUCCAUCCAGGCUCUGUUUUCAGCCAUGGACUCCUACAGCUACCCGUCAAUCUCAGUCGACGAUCUUUCCUCAUCCUCGUCAGACCGGGAGCAAAACCCCCUGGAAAUCAAACCGCCAGCUUCCGAUUCCAGAGAGGAGGAAAAGUGUCUGAGUCCCUCGGACUUUGUGUGCCCGAGCCCAGCGAUGUCUCCUGCAAGCCAAGACCAUGACAGGAGCGACAGGACUGACGAAGAAGGACACGCGGCCGCGUCGCCUCCACUGCUGGAUGCAUGCAGGACUGAGGGAGCCGCUGGAGCAGCCAGGCAGCAGGCGUCCUCAGAGUCUGAGGAAGAGACUGCAAGUAGACCUGAAGACUCCAGGCCGCUGCGAGAGAAGGUCCUGGCACAGAGCACUGUGAAGCGGACUCAUGUGGGAUCACAUGACGGCGAGUUGGGCUUGUCGCCUUCUGAAAAGAAGCUCAAGACGUAGCCUUUUAUCAUUUGUACACAGAAUUAAACUUAGGAAGUGGAUUUUCUGAGUUUCUACAGCUGAGCUUUUCAUUUCUGACUCCAUCUUGUUUCACAUGUUUCACCUCAAACUGCUGAGAGGGACGGAGUGGUCGGCUUCGGUCGAAGAGCAAACAGUUUGGACUGAAAACCAGAUUACAGGAAAAUAGGAAUAAGCUGCAUAUUGCUCGUAUUUCAGAGGCGUUAUUUUUAUGUGAUAUGAGGUUCUGAUUGUUGCCUCUGAUGACAUCAAGCUCUGAACUAAAUCUAGAUGUUUAGUUGCAGACGUUUCACUUGGAGCCUGUUCUGCUUCGCUUUGUUCUCAUCAACUCUCAGUUUAUGCUGCUUCAGGAAGUUUAAAAAAAAGAAAUGCCUCCUCUACCGUUUCUAUAAGCUGUGCAUUAAAACUUAAUGUUC